ACUUUGGAGAAGAACUUGGCCAGAGCGGGGCGCGGCCAGGGUCGAGGGUCGCCCGCGGCGCAGCGCGGCGGAGGGCGGCGUCGGGUACCCGCCGACGGCCGGGCCGCGGCCCUCCGGCGCGCGCAGCCCGGGGACUCCGCCGGCCGCCGCCUCCCCGGGGCGGGCCGGGCCGUGGUGGCGACACGCCAGGCCCGCUCCGGGGCGGGGCCGCCUCCCUCCGCCCCCUGGCCGGGGCCACCUCCCCGCGCGGGCGCCGCGCCGAGGCCAAUGAGCGCGCGGGGAGCCGCGAUGGAGGCUGGGGCGGCCGGGAGGGCCCGGGACCCCCGCCGCGCACCCGCGCACCCCGCGCCAGCGGGCCUGGAGAGGGGCACGGCAGAGGCGCGGCGCCCGCGCGGGGCAUGGAGGCGCCGCUGGCCCGCGCCGGCCGCCCGAGCUGCGCCCCGCGCCGCCGCGCCUCCAAGUUUGCGGGCUGACCCGCGAAGUUGCGCGCGGGCUGGGCCGCCGGGCCUGCCCCGCGCCCCGCCGCCGCCGCCGCCAUGGGCAUCCAGGGCAUGGAGCUGUGCGCCAUGGCCGUGGUGGUGCUGCUGUUCAUCGCCGUCCUCAAGCAGUUCGGCAUCCUGGAGCCCAUGUCCAUGGAAGACGGCAGCGACAGUGAGCUGGAGCUGUCCACGGUGCGUCACCAGCCGGAGGGGCUGGACCAGCUGCAGGCGCAGACCAAGUUCACCAAGAAGGAGCUGCAGUCCCUCUACAGGGGCUUCAAGAACGGUCCGGAAUGAGCGCACGGAGCACGGGCCUGGCGGAGACGCCACCACGUACGCCCACUUCCUCUUCAACGCCUUCGACGCCGACGGGAACGGGGCCAUCCGCUUCGAGGACUUCGUGGUCGGCCUGUCCAUCCUGCUGCGGGGGACGGUCCACGAGAAGCUCCGGUGGGCCUUCAACCUCUACGACAUCAACAAGGACGGCUUCAUCACCAAGGAGGAGAUGCUGGCCGUCGUCAAGUCCAUCUACGACCUGAUGGGCCGCCGCACCUGCCCCAUGCUGAGGGAGGACACACCCCUGGAGCACGUAGAGAGGUUCUUCCAGAAAAUGGACCGGAACCAGGACGGGGUGGUGACGAUCGAUGAGUUUCUGGAGACCUGCCUGAAGGACGAGAACAUCAUGAGCUCCAUGCAGCUCUUCGAGAACGUCAUCUAGGACGGGCCACCCCACCCCUGCCCCCCAGGAAGCCUCCGUCCUGCCGGGAACAGCGGCCACGAGAAACCUCUUUUCUAAUGUACCGACAGAAAGUGCACAGUUUCUCCAGACACACGCGCGUGAGACACACACACACACAGACACUGCUCCUCUGGGCGGCUGGGAGCUGGGCCUGGGCGGGGGUAGCCCACACCCCAGGCCGGGGCAGAGGCUUCCCCUGGGGUGGGCAGCUGGGGGAGCCGUGUUGCCAGGAAAGGGGGGCAGGUGCUGCACGGAGGAAACCCCAUCUGCAAGCAAAGGCUCCACGCGAGCCCCUCCCCACCCCUCCCGCCUGCCUGGCUGCCCACGGUCCUGGGGAACCUGUCCCUAAGCCCCCUCACCGACCCGACCCCC